AUGCCCACGCUCGUCUACGACCAAUACCAAACACUUCACUCAUUCCAAGCCCGCUCAGUCGGCGAAGCUCUGUCACCCAACUCAACUCAACGAAUCACACUCUACGUGAUUGCUGGCUAUGCACUCUUCAUCCUCAUCGCCUGGAAUCUCUGGGGACUCAGACAUAUCAUUUAUCCGUUCAAAUUACUCACCGUCGCCUUCCAUGAAUUGUCGGUCUCAACCGAACCUCUCAACACUAUUUUUCGCUUCCUCUACAGUUUACAAGAAGAACAAUAG